AUGUUAGAAAGGAACACUGGAUCAAAAAAUCUUGUACAUGCUCCGAGGCUGGGCAAGGCCAAUGCAGCAGAGGCAUCAGCCGUGGAACCAACCAAGAUGUGCUCCUCUAGUCUCAAGCCUGCCGAAAAGUUGAGGGUAGAUACUCCUUCCUGUUACGCUCCCCCCUCUAAGAAACAGAAGACGGAAAUGAUGAAGAAACUAGCAUUCGACCAUGAUGAGGAGGAUCUUUCACAAGAGGUCUUGAACAUGCUUUCAGCCUACUUUGCCUCCACCGUUGACACGAUGUAUAAAUAUAACGGCAUCAGAGAGGUUGAAAGGCUGGUGAGCGAGAGUGAUAGGGAGGUACUGAAUUCCUCUGUGUACCAUUUGAUGAAGGCUGCCGUCUUUAUGGCAGAGCACGCUCAUCGAAUGGUUGACCUGAACGAAGCCAACCAAAAGACCAGGGAAGAGCUGAACGAUGCUCGAAAAGAAAUAGCUGACCUUCACAGGGAAAAGGAAAAGACAAGGCAGGAGCUGGAUGAUGCUCAAACCGAGAUAGUUGUCCUUCGCAGGGAGAAGGAGAAGACCAGGGAAGCAUUGGACGAUGCUCAGAAAGAGAUAGUUGUCCUUUGUAGGGAGAAGGAGAAGAGCUGGGAAGAACUGAGUGGUGCUCAAACAGAAUUAGCUAUCAUUAGCAGGGAAAAGGAGAAAAUAAGGGAAGAGAUGAAUGAUGCUCAAAUUGAGAUAGCUGCCCUUUGCAGGAAUUACUCGAAUACCUCUAGGAGUGCCAGCCGAGCCUGGCAGGAGAAUGCUAAGCUGCAGGAGGAGCUGAAGAAACUGAAGGGCCUAGGCGCCGAGGUGGAGAAGCUCAAGGCUGAGGUAGCUACCAAGGAAACCGAGGCGUCAAUGGCAGUUAAAGCAUUCAAGAACUCGGAGGAGUUCGAGGUCCUGAGAGAAAAUUUGUUCCAGGCAGGGGCUCAUGCUCUAUAUGAUGCAAUCGAGCAGGAACACCCUGACUGGGAUCUCAGCUGCUUUGUCGAAACUGACAAUGAAGAUGAAGACGAAGACCAUCUCCGUGUGGCAGGCCUUGGGGUGGUGGAGAACUGUGAAACCUUUCUUACUGGAAUGCUGAAGUGGGUGAUGUUUUGUUUUGGCUGGCCAAAGCUUGUAGGCUGGGAGAACUGGGGCGUGUGUGGAAACUGGAAUGGGCUUCUACAACACGGGUGGUCAUUGGGGACAGGUUUGAGCGUGGUUACGGCGAUUGUAAGGGAAGAAGGUUAUUGGGCACUCGCAGCUGAAGAUGCCAAGGCAACGGCAGUUCGGGAAGGCUCUGAUUUUGGCCAGGAACCGUGGCUAUCAGAUUGCUGUUAUGGAAUGUGA